AUGGGAUACAAACCCUUCCGCUCGACCUACUACGACGACCGCAUGCGGGCAUCGCCGGCCCUGCUGCGAACCCGCGCGCCGUACCUGAUCAAAAACACCAUCACCGGCUUCGCUAUCUGCACCCUGGUUGUUGGCAUCUACACAUACACCAUCAAUGCCAUCUCACAGGACGAGUUCGAGGAUGUCAUCGUACCGGACAAGCCUCUAGACCGAACCGCACAGCCACUGGGCACCACCCAAGCACUCCAGCAGGCAGUCGAAGCGCGCAAGUAG